AUGGCAGUGGGCAACUUAACACCGAGACGUAGCCUAGGCUAUUUUUUUUUUCAGUCAGGCAAAAUGCUAAGGCUCUCAAGUCCUGCUACCGGACACGUGGUCACGCUCCUUUGGUAGAAUGCAGAAUGGUUGUUGUCAAUUUGGCUGUUGGGCUAUUAAACUCCGUCAUUCGCACGGAUCUCAGGUUUCCGAUCAUUAGGUGUGCGUUAACACUUGCAAAUGUUGGAGGCUGUUGGAUGAAUGAAAAACUGCAUGACAUUGGCUGUCUGUGCGUCUGUGCAGUGUUCUAUUGGCUCUCCUCCUCCACUGCCCUGUCUACGACUCUUGUCAGCGCACGGUAACGGCGCAUGCGUCUUACUUUACUCCUCAGCCUUUGAAACUCGGGUUGAGUUCAAUUAAGAGACCAUGUCCGCCAUCAGCCGUCUGCAGUCCUCUGUCUUCUCAUUUAAACCAAAUUCUCCAUGAAAUAGUAUUAUCGCGUGGCCUAGAGAAUGGCCGGCUUGGGUGCUGUCCAGGUGAAAUUGGAACUCGGCCACCGUGCCCAGGUCCGGAAGAAACCCACUGCGGAGGGCUUCACGCACGAUUGGAUGGUUUUUGUCCGAGGACCAGAGCAAAGUAACAUUCAGCACUUUGUGGAAAAAGUAGUUUUUCACCUGCACGAAAGCUUUCCCAGACCAAAAAGAGUGUGCAAGGAACCUCCCUAUAAAUUGGAGGAGUCGGGAUACGCCGGCUUUAUCCUGCCCAUUGAGGUUUACUUCAGAAAUAAGGAGGAACCUAAGAAAGUGCGCUUUGACUACGACCUGUUCCUGCACUUGGAGGGCCACCCGCCUGUCAAUCACCUGCGCUGUGAGAAGCUGACCUUUAAUAACCCCACGGAGGAGUUCAGGAAGAAGCUGCUCAAGGCCGGAGGGCAACGUGAUCCUCACAAAAGGGGCUCAGAAGAUUCAAAAGUGAUGGUCAUGCAGGAGGGCUCGACGUCUCUGUUCGGUCAGCACCUGAAGCUGCCCACGCUGCCCAGCAGCUCCCUCACCUUCACCUUCCCCGACCUCAAGAAGAGCAAGCCCUUUCCGGGGUCAAAGGACGGUUCUCGGAGCAGCGGCACGCUCACCCUCUCCUCUUCCUCCUCUUCCACCUCCUCCACCAAGCUGGCCAAGCCGGUGAAGGAGCACCGCGACAAACCUCCCCGCGCCUCUAAGGAGCCCAAAAGUGCCUUCAGGGAGCUGAGCAGGGACACGGGCAAGCCCUCCAAAGACUCCACCACCACCACCUCCUCCUCCUCCUCCUCCAAGAAACCCAAAGACAACCAGAACCAGAACCAGCCCCUCCGGGACGAACAGCACCCCCCCAAGAUGGGCUUCAAGGAGCCCAAGGGGCUUGUCAAGGAGCCGCGGCCCGAGGGGGGGUUCGGGGGGGUCGUCAAGCGGCCCCCGGGGGAGACGGUGGUCGGGGAGGAUCACGUGACCAAAAAGCGGAAGAAGGGCUUCCCGUCGGAGGGCCAGGGGAAGCCGGUGCUGGGCUCGCCGCAGAUGCUCCAGCAUUCCCACACGGAUAAGAAAGUGCCCAGGGACAAAUCCCAGAUCCGGCCCGGGAAGCUGACCCGGGGGGAGGGGGAGGCGGAGAGGAGGAAGGCCCCCAUGCUCCCACCCUUCCAGGAGCUGGUGGACCCAAACGACUCGGACAUGGACGACAACGCGUCCACCAAAUCAGAGGUAAGUCUGGGUGGGUUGGUUCUAAUUGCACAGCUGUACAGGUGUACAGGUCUUAAUCACCCCCUGUGUGCUGCUGUUGAACUGGGUGAGUUUGUUGCAGUCGUGGUACUAAAGGGUGCUGAGAGCUCAGUCAACUCUACACUGCACAGGGGUCAACUCUACGACAGGGUCACCUACCGCACAGGGGUCAACUCUACACCGCACAGGGGUCAACUCUACACCGCACAGGGGUCAACUCUACACCGCACAGGGUCAACUCUACACCGCACAGGGGUCAACUCUACACCGCACAGGGGUCAACUCUACACCGCACAGGGGUCAACUCUACACCGCACAGGGGUCAACUCUACACCGCACAGGGGUCAACUCUACACCGCACAGGGUCAACUCUACACCGCACAGGGUCAACUCUACACCGCACAGGGUCAACUCUACACCGCACAGUCAACUCUACACCGCACAGGGGUCAACUCUACACCGCACAGUCUCGACCCCAGACUGAACACUCAUCAUCACAGUCUCAUAACUCUGUGA